CUGCCUCCUCUUUCGUGAUCAACUAUUACCUAGGUAAACUCACGACUCACAUAUCUACAUUGACUCUCCUCGCAUCUUCUGGAACCUUCAAACCCCCUCCCCCUCUCCCAUCUCUGUUUCAUCCAUAAGAACACACGUUAUCGUCCGCGUAAUUUCUUACAUCCUUCAUAUCACUUCCCAACCCUUAUCAAACAUCCCUCCCCCUCCCCAUCUUACUCCGACGUCCGGAAGGGCUAAGUGACUGGGGUACAGACCGACUGUGACGCCACCCCGGAUCCGCAUCCGCGCCUGCGUCCGCAUCUACAGCAACGACAACCAACCACUCGCCCUGUGUUGUACUCAAUAAUAAAACCCCAUUAAUCCCAUCUCUCUUCUCUUGUACAUCCAACUUUCCGUCAACCAGAAAUCCCAUCCCAUCCGCCCUGAGAUUACCGAGAAGGAUCGCGCAUACAUAAACACGCAAAACCAUGGGGAAGUCGCCUUCCAAGUCGUCCACCAAAGUCCUACCGCUCAUCCCCCUCGCGCCGCCGCUCGCCGUCCUCCCCGGCACGACCCUCAAGAUCCCCAUCAUCAACCGCGCCGACGUCGCUGCCAUACUCGCAAAGAUCUACUCCAUAAGUCCCACCGCGAAGCCCGAUGCCGCCAUCACAGUCGCCUGCGUGCCGCUCAACUCGCCGCAGGUCUCCCGCGACGGGAAACUGCUGAUCGAGGAGGGAAAGAAGGUCGAGAACGUCAACUUCGAGUCCGACCCCGUCGAGGCUACAAAGAAGGAUAUCUUUGGUUAUGGAUGUAUUGCUAAGGUUAGCGGGGUGCAAGGCAGGAAACACGGCGACUUGAGCUUGGUCGUCGAGGGACUCGAGAGAGUCAAGGUUAUCGACGUCGUGCAGGAGCGACCCUAUUUCGAGGGCGAAUUAAGCAGUGUAGAAGAAUUCAUCGAUGUCGCAAACGCCGAUGUCCUCGAUCAAUUCAACCUCCUCAAGCAGCUGUCACGCGAGCUGCUCGCCCUCGUGCGCCUCUCGUCCAUAUUACCUCGCGCACCCACAGUCUCGCUUUCACCGCUCGUAGCAAAGCGACUAGAACUCUAUAUCGGACGGAAGGAGCUUCCAGAGGCCGGAGCGCUCGCAGACUUCAUGGCGAACGUGAUCGAUUGCACACAUGAGGAGAAGCUUCGAGUACUCUCCGCAACGGAUGUUAAGGACCGAUUGGAUCGCGUCAUCGAGAUCCUCCAGAGGCAGAUCAGCAGCAUACAAGGGAGCACACGAAUGACGGUCACCACUACAUCGCUUCCAGGCGGAAGUUUCGACAUCAAUCAGCUCAGAAGGCUACAGCAGGAAGCCAUCAAGCGGAGAGGGGCUGCGACAGGGAACAAUACACCAGGUUUCCCUGGCGGGUUCCCCGGAGGGCAAGGUGCACAAGGCGGCGAAGAAGAAGCCAACGAGAUUGAUGAGCUGAAGAAGCGGUUGCAGGAUGCUAAAUUGUCUCGUGAAGCUGAUAAGGUGGCACAGAGGGAGCUCGCACGCCUGCAGAAGAUGAACCCGGCCCAGGCCGAGUACCAGGUCUGCCGGAACUACCUAGAGAACCUUGCUGAGAUCCCCUGGACCAAGACCACUCCGGAUCAGCUCGACGCGAAGACUCUUGUCAAGGCGAAGAAGCAGCUUGACGAUGACCACUACGGUCUAGACAAAAUCAAGAAGAGGUUGCUAGAGUACCUUGCGGUAUUGAAGCUCAAGGAGCAAGCCAAUCGCGAUAUCGACGAUCAAAUCAAAGCCAUCACUGGUGCAGAGAUACUUCCAGAAGAGAACGAGGAAAAGGAAGAAGCUGCCGAUGCCGAGGACAAGAAGGUAGUCAAGGAACCGUCAGAAGCGGAGCUUCGAUUGCUUGAGAAGAAGCGCAUGGUGGAUAAGUCGCCCAUUCUUCUGCUUGCCGGACCCCCAGGAACGGGCAAAACCUCGCUCGCCAAGUCAGUUGCCACUGCCCUGGGUCGCAAGUUUCACCGCAUCUCUCUGGGUGGUGUUCGCGACGAGGCCGAGAUCCGUGGUCACAGGAGGACAUAUGUUGCUGCCAUGCCUGGCCUCAUUGUCAACGGAUUGAAGAAGGUGGGCGUAUCCAAUCCUGUCUUCCUCCUCGAUGAGAUAGACAAGCUUGGUGUUUCCAACUACAACGGCGACCCCAGUGCUGCCAUGUUGGAAGUCUUGGAUCCUGAGCAGAACCAUACGUUCACGGACCACUACGUCAACAUCCCGAUUGAUCUGUCAAAGGUCCUCUUCAUCGCCACUGCAAACUCCCUCGAGACAAUUCCACCGCCACUCCUCGAUCGUAUGGAGACCAUUCAACUGUCAGGAUAUACAACGAUCGAGAAGCGACACAUUGCUUCGCGACAUCUCAUCCCCAAGCAAAUCACCACCAACGGGCUCCAUGCCGACAACCUCGAGAUCCCCACGGAUGUUCUCGACAAGAUCAUUACAUCCUAUACCCGCGAGUCUGGCGUACGUAACCUCGAACGCGAAAUUGGCUCCGUGUGCCGUAGCAAAGCCGUCGAGUACGCAACAGCAAAGGACUCGGAAACGCUGGGCCAAUACAAUCCCAUCGUCUCACUGACCGACCUGGACGCCAUGCUCGGCAUCGAGAGGUUCACCGAGGAACUCGCUGAACAGUACUCACGACCCGGUGUCAUAACAGGCCUCGUGGCCUACUCGACCGGUGGACAAGGCUCCAUCCUCUUCAUCGAGAUCGCAGACAUGCCAGGCUCCGGCCGAGUCCAACUCACCGGCAAACUCGGCGACGUCCUGAAAGAAAGCGUCGAAGUGGCCCUCACAUGGGUGAAAGCCCACGCCUUCGAGCUCGGCAUCAGCAGCUCGGAAGACGAAGACAUCAUGAAGAACCGCAGCAUCCACGUGCACUGCCCGAGCGGCGCGAUCCCCAAGGACGGCCCCUCGGCCGGCAUCGCCCACACCAUCGCCCUCAUCUCCCUCUUCAGCGGCAAGCCCGUUCCCCCGACCCUCGCCAUGACCGGCGAGGUCUCCCUCCGCGGCCGCAUCCUCCCCGUCGGCGGCAUCAAAGAGAAGCUCAUCGGUGCCCUGCGCGCCGGCGUCGAGCGCGUACUCCUCCCCGAGGGAAACCGCAAGGACGCCCGCGACCUCCCCGAGGAAGUCCUCUCCGGCCUCAACAUCGAGUUCGUGGGACACAUCUGGGAGGCGCUCGCCAAGGUGUGGCCAGAGCGGUGGGAGAAGAUGAACGGGUGGGUCGAGCCGAGACUGUAGGUUUAUGUGGAAGGGGAAUGGGCUGGCGUAUGGGCAUAGUAGUUGUUAGCUAGUUAGCAUGCAUUGGAGGUAUUUUGUAUAUAGUUCUGAAUCGAUUUUUUUGGGAUC